AUGGCGUCUUCCUCGUCUACAAACACCUCUAUUGGUGGCUCAUCUUCUGAUCCCUCAAUAUAUACUAAUUAUGUGAAUGUACACUUGUCCAUUGACAAGUUAGAUGGCACAAAUUAUGCAACCUGGGCGUCUGACAUCAAACUUUGGUUGAAGAGUCAGGGGUACUUAGAUCAUCUUACUCAAAAUGUGACUACUGCUCUCAUAGAUGACACUUCCCGCUGGAUGAAAAUUGAUGCUCAGUUAUGCAUUGUUAUAAAGUCCACCAUUCACUCCUCACUGAAGCAAAUGUUUCGAUCCUAUGAGACAUGUUCAGAAGUAUGGGCACAAGCGAAGUUGUUAUACACAAAUGACACUCAGCGUCUUUAUGGUGUUUGUCAGGACCUAUUAACUGUUAUUGGUCCGCGCAAUCCUGGUCCCAUGGCAGAAUAUUUGGGUAAAAUUCAUGCCCUUCUUCAUGACUUUAAUGAUAUAUUACCUCCUGCUUCCACUCCUGCUGAAGAAUUGGAACAACGAUCAAAGUUCUUCAUGUUGUUGGCAUUAUACGGACUCUCUGAUGAUGUUUCUCAUGUUCGUGAUCAGAUUUUGGGUUCUCCUGUCAUACCCAACUUUACUUCUACUUGUUCUGCUCUUUUGCGUAUACCGAGCAAACCCGUCACUGAGACAUCUCCUCGUACUGAUGAUUCCUCUGUUAUGGCUGCUCAACGUGAAUAUCGAAGUCGGUCUCGCAAGCCAAGUAAAGGACGUCCAAAAUGUGACCAUUGA